AUGCUACUACAAAUUAUUAUUACUACUACCAUUUGGCUUCUUUUACCAUUUUGUCCACAUCGGUUUGCAUUACUUGUGAAUAGUCAGCAAAUUGAUUGUGAUAUUUUGAAUCCAAGAUGUCGGGAACAUUCUCGACAAGUGAUCCAUGGAACAACUCUUAAGAGCAAAACUUCUCGAUGUUUACAAAAAGAUAUUUGGCUCAUUCCAGGCAAUGCUGAUGCAAGCUGUUCUCGACCUGGUUCAAAAAAGAUAUUGGAGGUGGAUCCACGACAAGUAAUCAUUCAUCCAAAAGUAGUAAAACUUCCUGGUUGUUUUAAUAUUGAAAUCAAAAAUAUUCGUGUGCUAGAUAAUCAUGGCGCAAUUGGAAAUAGUUUGUUCGCAAAAGUUGAAUAUCAGUGGUGGAAUGUAAAAGAUUUCGCAGAUUUAAAAUGUCAAAAUGCUAGCAGCAAUGGAUGUGGUGGUUAUGGAAAUAAUUGCUAUUACUGUAACAUCUGCGAAAGUUUACAUCAUUUACAAGAAGAGAGAGGAAAAUCAGCAUUGACAGAUCAGCUUAAAGGAAUUAGCUGCCCAAAAUAUCCAGGAUUCUAUACUUUCAGAAAAGAAUUUUGUUUCAAUGAUUGGACUGCUUUUGAUAGUAAUGGUGAUUGUCAAUUUGAUUUCUUCCAAGGUGACAAGUUUUCGGACUAUCGAUCUGCAUUUUCUUCCUUACAACAAGUUGGAUAUGGUACCGUAGUGGCAAAAUUGCGCUUAGCAGCAAAUGCAACAGAUGAAAUUGCUAGAAGAAAACGAAUCAAGGAAACGCUAAUUGAAGAAAACAUACGAAAAGAGUUAGAAGAAAGAGGAAAAACGUGGAAUAUUGGUAAUGAGCAGUUCGAGAAAUUUCGACUGUGGUAUAUCAAUUACCGCAAAGAUACAUGGCAUAGGGAAGAAUACUUACCCUGGCUCCUGUAUGAGAAUGAAAUCUCAUGCAUACGAGUCACUUUCGACGUUUGUGAACGAGUCCCCAAACGUAGUCCAUUUACUGGUCAGUUAACCUGCUUUUAG